CAGUGGUGGCAAAUAUCGAUUAUUGUAGUGCUCGCCUAUCGCAUUGCGUAGACUAGCAGCCCUGCGAGUCUGAUAUCGAUAGCAAACGAAAUGAGCGCAAAAAAGAAAGCAUGGGUAAAAUCUGCCUUCAGUGAGCUGAGAAGCAGUGCGGAGGAAGCUGUACCCGUGAAACGCACAAGAAGCGCAAGCCUCGCCGCAACUGCUGCCAAAAAUUCGCUGAGGAAAACCAACUCUACAAUUUGUGCAACAAAUAAUACUGUGGUUGAUUUAACGCUCGAUGGAGAGCAGCAAAAUCAGACUGAUAUCGCUACAAUUGCACCCAUUGUAAGCGAUAAUUGGAUAGAGAGUUUUGCACCCAGUUGCAGCGAUGAUCUGGCUGUGCAUCCCAAGAAACUUGAAGAAGUGCGCAACUGGUUGCUCCAUUGCCAAGCGCUACGCAGCAAAUACCCAGCUCAAAUCUGCCUAAUCACUGGACCAGCUGGCUCGGGCAAAACGGCAACAUUGCGUGUGCUAGCUCAAGAGUUCGGCUAUGCAUUGCAGGAAUGGAUCAAUCCCGUGGACUGCGAGGAGAUCCAGACAUUGGGCGAUCAACCCACUGGCAAUUCGUAUGCCAGCUCACAGCUGGAUGCCUUUAAAAGCUUCCUGUUGCGCGCCUCGCGCUACAAAUCGCUACUGGCGGCACAAAACAAAAGGAUUCUGCUCGUCGAAGACUUUCCCAAUGUACUGCUCAAAGAUGCAGCAACCACAUUCGAGGAGCUCAUGGACGAGUACGUGAACUAUGGCAAAUCGCCACUUGUCUUUAUAGUCGCAGACAGCAAAUCAAGAGUGCUCAACAUUAGCUACAAACUCUUUACGGAUCAACUAAAGGCCAAGCUGCGCAUCGAGCACAUUAGCUUCAAUGCCAUAGCUGCCACAAUUAUGCAGCGUUCCAUGAAACGAUUUGGCACGCUAAUGCAACAGGAGCAGCACAAGACAUUGUACAAGCUGCCCACACAAAAUGUGAUGGACUCGAUUGUGGUGUGUGCCCAAGGCGACAUACGAAAUGCGCUGAUAAAUCUGCACUUUGGCUCGCUGAAAGGUGCGCCCAGCAUGGCCACCAAGCAGCUUCAGUUGAAUGUAAGCGCCCCGAGUAAGGGACGCAAAAGGAAGGCCACAAACACACUAAAGUCGAUAGGGCGAGAUGAAUCCAUUACUAUGAUGCAUGCGCUGGGAAGAGUUUUCAAUCCCAAGUAUGCUGAAGAUAACGCCCAGCGACUGUUACAUAGCCCAGAAGAUCUUGCUAAAGCUUUCUGUACGGAGCCCCGCAAUUUUGUCAACUUCAUACAUGCCAACUAUUUGCCACACUUUCUCGACAUUUCCCAUGCCAUGGAGGCUGUGAAUGAUCUAGGGGUGGCGGACAUGCUGCUGCAGGAGUAUCGCGACGAUUCCUUAGGUCUAGUGGGGCUCAACAUCGCCGUGCGUGGCUGUAUGGUGCCCAACGUGGCACCAGUCAGUGGCUGGAUGCCAGUACGAGGUCCCAAGCGUCUAACGAUUCAGCCGCAGCUGACGGCAGGGGAACAGAAGUUGCUGGGCAGCAGCUACGCGGGCAUAUCGAAGAGUGUUUACGCCAGUGAGUACAGCUCUUUUGUCAAGAUCAUUGCCAGCAAAAAUCACGUAGAUAAAUAGCCAAACCAAAAAAGAAUAGAGCAUAAUGUGUGAAUUAACUUAUUUAAAUUUUAGUUUUGUUACAUAAAAUAAGUACAGUUAAGCCCAUUAUUCCAUUAUUGCAUUUGUAUUCUUAGUUCAAUAUUACAAUUCAACAUUUUAUUCAGUUUAAAAAUCCGGGUGUUCUUUCUAUAUAAAAUUCAGUAUUCAAUAAAAAUUGUCAAUUUACUUGCUAAAUCUUAGUGUGUAAAUUUAACGCACAUUAAUUAAUUAUAAAAAAGCAAUUUUGGCGGAGGCUGGAUCUUGAACAUUAUUAUAUGAUUACAGCACGAAAUUUACUUAUGUUUGUAUGUUUUUUGUGCUUUUGAUUUUGAGUUUAUUCGCUUUACUUAGAACUAAGCGGGGAAAAUUAUGCAACUGUUUUUACCACAAGUUUUGAGUCGUAUAUAUACACAGUUUUUUUUUGUUUUGGAGCGCCAGAGCGCGUCUUUAAAAUACCAUUUAUUUGGGUUCGUUCUUGGCAUCCUCACUGGAGUUGUCAUCCUCUUCCAUGCGGCUGGCCUCCAA